CCCGGGCCGCCGCCGCACCACGACCCGCACUCGGACGAGGACACGCCGACCUCGGACGACCUGGAGCAGUUCGCCAAGCAGUUCAAGCAGCGGCGCAUCAAACUGGGAUUUACCCAAGCGGACGUGGGGCUGGCGCUGGGCACCCUCUACGGCAACGUCUUCUCGCAGACCACCAUCUGCCGCUUCGAGGCCCUGCAGCUCAGCUUCAAGAACAUGUGCAAGCUGAAGCCUUUGUUGAACAAGUGGUUGGAGGAGGCGGACUCCUCCUCGGGCAGCCCCACCAGCAUAGACAAGAUCGCGGCGCAGGGCCGCAAGCGGAAAAAGCGCACCUCCAUCGAGGUGAGCGUCAAGGGCGCGCUGGAGAGCCACUUCCUCAAGUGCCCCAAGCCCUCCGCCCAGGAGAUCACCUCGCUCGCGGACAGCCUACAGCUGGAGAAGGAGGUGGUGAUGCACCCGCCAUUCCUUUAUAUUUCGUGGAGUUUUCGGAAUAAAUCUGAUGCCUAUACCGAGAGGUUCCACGUUCGUAACCCCCGGGGUCUCGGAGGAGAGCCUGGGGAGCUGCCUUCACGGGGGCUCCCGGCGGCCGAAGCGCAGGGGUGCGUUUCGCAGCAGGGAUUUCUGUGCGGGCAGGGGUGUCCUGCCCGGGUUGAUGCUGGCGGGGGGGAUCUGCUCCUCGAGUUGGCGGCGCGUUCCGGCGGAAGGCGCGGGGGAGAGGAGGCUCUCCUCGCCCCCUUCCCUUUUGGGAAUUGA